AUGCUCUCAGAUAACUAGUACAUUUAUCAAAAACAAGGUUAAGCAAAUAUGAGACCUGAUUCUUCGAUUUUAAGAAAUGAGAAUCGCAUCCAAAGUUCAGAACCUAUAGAAAGAAACAACACUUAAAAAUCAUUAAUCUAAUAAUAAUCUCCUCAAGAGAUAACCAAUUAUUUGAAACAAAACUUAUCCUUUGUUAAUAUAAGUGUUAGAUAAUUCGAAAACUCUAUUUAAUAAUUAGUUACAGCUUUUGGAAAUCAUGUGAUAAAUGGUUAAUAAUAAUACUAUUACUAGGAUUUCGAAUUGAUGAAUUUAUCAGAAAGUUCUUUUGCGUUUUAGAACGAAGAUUGAAUAAAUUCUUUGAUCAUUUAGAUUAAACAAUAUUUUAACAGAAUAAUCAACAAUAAUUUACAAUACCUGAAGAUUUCAAUGCUUCGGAAAUUAGAAAUCAUAUUAGAUAGAAAGCUAAUUAAAUACCCACAGAUCUUUUGAACCAUUUUUAAGAAAAGUUAAACACCAAUGAAAUUGACCGAGAAAUAUUAAGGAAAGUUGAUUAAAUUUUAAGGGUUUAUGAAUUAUUUAGAUCUGAUCAAGGGUAGAAUUGUUUUAUUAAUAUUACCAAAUUCAAUUUAGAACAAUUGCUAGAUAGCACCUGCAAUAAUCAACUUUAGGAUAUUCAAUCUAUUGAAUAGUUAAUUGAAUCCUAAUUAAUUAUUUCAAUUCAAUUAAUUUAAUCAGUAGUACUAAAAAAUAAUACUAAUUUUUUAAACAUUUUCAGUAAAGAAGAAAUUUUAACCAAGUAAAUCUAAAAUGUUAUUUAGAUUUUAUUCAACACUUUCGGAUGCUGAUGAAAAAUAAAUAACAAUCGAUGAUAUCUACAAUAUUUGUAGAAUUGUAUGUCAAAGAGAUCGAAAAAUCAUUUAUAAUGACUUUCAUCAUUAAAUUAGUCAGAAUUUAAAUGAAUUGGCACCAGAUUUUUUUUAAACGUUCUCAAACAAAAAAUCUUAAAUAUAAUUGAAAAGAGAACAACUUUAAAAUAAACUACUAAAUGUUUAAAAACAAUGGGAAAUAAUUAAAUUAGAUGAAAAUUAUUAUUUGAUUUUCAAUAAUAGAAUAAAUGAAGCAAAUUUAAAUCAUUCUAAUUAAUAAGGCUUACAUCAACUCCAAAGAUUAAUGGUAUUUUUUAAUAAAGUAAAAAAUUUAUAAUCUGACUAACUUGAAUUAUAAAAAGAAAUAAAUAUUUAUAUGGAGGAAACUAAAAAAGAUGUUCAAGGUAAGCUUUCUGAUGCCAUUGUUAGAGCAAGGUAAGUUUACUCUAAAAUAAUUCCUGGAAAAAAUCCAUCAAACCAAAUCAAGGUUUUUGUUGAUACUCUAUACUAAGAAUUGCUAAAUUUAUUAGAAAAAAGUUAAUUACAAUAAAAUAAUUUCAAUUCUUCAUUUUAAUAGACUUUGUAAUCCUAAUUAGGAAAAAAAUCAUAGAACUCUUCAUUCCUAAAAUCAAGCAAUAGAACCUUACAAGAUUCUUAAAUUAAUCGGCCCUUCUCUAACUUUUAAUACAAUCAAUUAACAAAUCCCUCUGCAAAAAUAGAAAAUAUGUUAUAAGGAUAAUCUGAAUUUGGAUAAAAUUAAGAUAAAAGGCAGAAACUAAAUAGAGAAGUUUAUGCAGAACAAAAAUUAGAGUAUUAUAAUGAUUCAUUUUAAGGAAAAAUUAAAUAUCCAGAAUACUAAAAGAUAAACUAAAAUUAAAGCUCAUUAAAUAAAUCUGAUUUAUCAUUAUAAGAUUAAGAAUUUAAUUAGAUUCAAAAAAAAAAUCUAGAUAAAGAUUAAUCAAAUAAGAUAAAUAAAUAAAUGGAGUUAUAAGUAAAAAAUAAUUAAAAUCAGUCAAACAUAUCUUGUAAGCAAAUUGAAGUCAAAAAAGAUUAAUAAAAACAAAUUGAUUAGACUAAUAAAUAAUCAUCGCAAUUAAUUUAGACAAAAUAAUCAGAUAUUUCUAAAAAACAAGACUCUCCGAAAGAAUAGAUAAAAUAACCAGAUCCUAUUAAAAAGUAAGAACCUCCAAAAGAAAAACCAAAAUAAUCAGAACCUCCUAAAAAACCUGAACCUCCAAAAGAAUAAUCAAAAUAACCAGAACCUCUUAAAAAGCCAGAGCCUCCAAAGGAAUAACCAAAAUAACCAGAACCUCCUAAAAAGCCAGAUCCUCCAAAGGAAUAACCAAAAUAACCAGAACCUCCUAAAAAGCCAGAACCUCCAAAGGAAUAACCAAAAUAACCAGAACCUCCUAAAAAGCCAGAACCUCCAAAGGAAUAACCAAAAUAACCAGAACCUCCUAAAAAGCCAGAACCUCCAAAGGAAUAACCAAAAUAACCAGAACCUCCUAAAAAGCCAGAACCUCCAAAGGAAUAACCAAAAUAACCAGAACCUCCUAAAAAGCCAGAACCUCCAAAGGAAUAACCAAAAUAACCAGAACCUCCUAAAAAGCCAGAACCUCCAAAGGAAUAACCAAAAUAACCAGAACCUCCUAAAAAGCCAGAACCUCCAAAGGAAUAACCAAAAUAACCAGAACCUCCUAAAAAGCCAGAACCUCCAAAGGAAUAACCAAAAUAACCAGAACCUCCUAAAAAGCCAGAACCUCCAAAGGAAUAACCAAAAUAACCAGAACCUCCUAAAAAGCCAGAACCUCCAAAGGAAUAACCAAAAUAACCAGAACCUCCUAAAAAGCCAGAACCUCCAAAGGAAUAACCAAAAUAACCAGAACCUCCUAAAAAGCCAGAACCUCCAAAGGAAUAACCAAAAUAACCAGAACCUCCUAAAAAGCCAGAACCUCCAAAGGAAUAACCAAAAUAACCAGAACCUCCUAAAAAGCCAGAACCUCCAAAGGAAUAACCAAAAUAACCAGAACCUCCUAAAAAGCCUGAACCUCCAAAAGAAUAACCAAAAUAACCAGAACCUCCUAAAAUGCCUGAACCUCCAAAGGAAUAACCAAAAUAACCAGAACCUCCUAAAAAGCCAGAACCUCCAAAAGAAUAGCCAAAACAACCAGAACCUCCUAAAAUGCCAGAGCCUCCAAAGGAAUAACCGAAAUAACCAGAACCUCCUAAAAAGCCAGAUCCUCCUAAAAUGCCUGAACCUCCAAAAGAAUAACCAAAAUAACCAGAACCUCCUAAAAUGCCUGAACCUCCAAAGGAAUAACCAAAAUAACCAGAACCUCCUAAAAUGCCUGAACCUCCAAAAGAGCCAAUCAAAUCACCUGAAGUCUAAAAGAAUAAUGUAGAUCUAAUUGAAUAAAAGAAUAUAAAAGAACCAAAUAUAUAAUAAUUAAUUUAACCUGAUAAAUAGAUGGAUAAAAAGAAUUCUUAAUUAUUAGAUCAAAAUAAAAAAUAGCAAGUAUAAAUAUUUAUUUAUUAAGCAAUUUGAUCCAAAUGAAUUAAAUUUAGAUGAUUUUGAAGACGAUGAAGAAAAUGAUAUAGAUUUUAUGACAAAUUAUGUACCUUCCAAAAUUUAAAAAUAGAUCCCAUAAAUCUAAGAUUCAUAAAAAGAUAAAAUCAAUUAAUUAGAAUAAGAAAAUUUUGAUGAAGGAGAAGAAUCAGAAGUUUAAAUUCAUAAAUUAAUUACAUAAAAAAGUUUGCCUUGGAUUAAUAAAUACACUAAAAGUUACUAAUACGGUACUAAGAUUUAAGUAAAAGAUUUGAUACAUUAAUUUGAUUAAUAUGAGUGUUUAAUUUAGCUCUUUUAAUAGUUCAUUAUUUAAGAUGAAUUGUAUUUUUUUGAUUUUGAAGAAACGGAAUUGAUAUUAUUAAUCUUCAAUAAAAUGUUAGAAGAAGAAGAUCCUAAAAAAGAAUUCGAUUAAUUUCAAGCUAUCACGCUUAAAAAUUAUUAAAAUCGAACUUAAAAAUAAAAUUUUGCCGAAAAUUAAAAACUUUAUUAUCUUUUUGAUAAAACAGAUUUGUUUCCUUUUGAUUUUUAUUUGAUUGAAAAAGACCCUUUAUAAAAUCUCUUAAUAGUCUAUUAUGAGGAUGAGCCUUCAGAAGAAACGAUGGGUGAACAAUUUGAAAACUUCUUAAGCGUUUUUUAAUAAAUUUGUAAUUGUGAAGAAUACGAAAUUGCAUAAAUAGUUCUUUAACCAAAAGCACAAUAGACUUUAAAAAACCUUAAAAAGAAAGACCAUCAAUAUUUAAAGGCUAUUAUUACAUUAUUUUCCAAUAUUUAUGAAGAAGAAAAUUUGGAAAACAUAAGUUUUGACGAAGAUACUAUAGCUAGAUUAGUUUGGGUUUUAAAUUAAAAUAGUGAAUUUUAUACAUCAUUUGAAGAGCAGGAAGAAGAAAUCAAAUAAUUUUAUUUAGAUAUUUUAACCCAAGGGUAAGAGUAAGAUCCAUCUAUAGAGGUUGGCGUAAUUGAGCAAUUUUUUAAUGAAGAGGGUUUAGAAAAUUUAUAAUAAGUAAUUUACUCCAUUUAUUAUUAGGAAAUUUAUUCAGUUUAUUAAGAAUUUUAAAAAAACAAAAAAACAAAACAAUAUUUAGUUUCCGUGAAUGUCAUUUUAGAAGAAUAACAAAUUAAAAUUAGUAUUUAUUGUCAUCUGUAAAAAAUUAAUAACAAAAAUAUCUUAAAGGUAACAUUAAAUAUUAAUCGAGAUUUUUACUUUAAACCAUUAUUCUGAGUUAGGUAAUUAAAUUUUAGAGAUGUUGAAAUCUGAUGAUCUUUUUGAAUAUUAAAUUUAUUGCGAUUUCUCAAGACAUAGCAUAUUCCAUGAAUGCAAUGAAAUAACAUUAGGAGCGUGGUAUUUUAUGCUUACUCAAAGUAAAAUGCAACCUGAAGAAGCAAUGGCAAAUUUAUUAUUCUCUUUAAUUCCAUAUAACCUUAUAAUGACACAAGAGGAAUGA